AUGGCAAGGAUGGGAAAUCAAAGCUGGUUAAUUCAUGCAUUGGUAACCAUUUUACUCUUAAUUAUAGUUAAAACAUCAACGACAUCAGCAGCAACCUCUAACGAUUGCUUAAAUCAAUGUAGUUUAACUGCAACGACAGAUUCUAUCAAUAAAUUUCUAGCAUUAAAGAAGCAAAAUAAAUUCCGCAUUAUCACAUUAACCUUGGCGAUCAAUAAUGACACAAAUGGUUUAUCCUUGGCGGCUAAUCUUGCCUCAAGUUAUGAAGCUGAUAAAUGGGUUUGGGCGCUAGAAACAUAUGGACGAUCCUAUCUCGCGUUACCUUUUGAUAUCAAUAUAUUUAGUAUGGGAACGUUAACUUUAUUUCAACGAACAGCCACAAUUAACAUUACAGCAACACCCAAUAAUUGUUUAGCUAGUUUAAACGAAACCUGUAAACGAAAAGUUAUAGGCAAAUUUUUAUCGGGAAUAACUCAGACGGAUUACAAUUUACAUAUGAUGUGCCAUCGUGUAGCUCAAUCUGAAGCAUUUUUAUGGCUGGUACAAAAUCAACUGGCUUAUGAAUGCUGCAAUGAGCUCGAUAGCCUUUCUGGCAGUUGGGACUGUAAUCAUCCUGUUGAACUUAACGGCUGGUUAAAUAUCCUUUAUGUAAUGAUUUAUGCUUCUAUCGUUUUGGUAGUCUUGUACGUCCCGGAAAAAAUCUUAAAUGAAGUUAGCGAAGAAUAUGAGCGUUGGUUCUACCGAUCGAAAAGAAAGAAACCGCGAUCGUCAUCUCGUCAAAAUAAAAAACAGCAACAGGCAAAUAAUAAUAACGACUAUGGAAUAAACCAUCAAGAUGAACCUGAUGCUAGCAAGCAGCAUAAAAUUAGCAUACAAGAUGAUAAAGAACUCGCUACCUUUAACAAGCGCAAUUUAAGACAACUUUUUGAUUUUGAUAAAUAUUCCUAUACCGAACUCAUUAUUUUAGAUGGCGAUGUCCCAUUUCAAGUCUUGCCUAAGCGUUGGAACUGGAAAACCAAUCGUUGCUACCAAAUUUUAUUUAUUUUAUUAUCCCCUAUCGUCAUCGUUAUUUUCUUGGCAUUACAAUUAACUAUUAAUCGACAACUAUUUGAAAGAGUCUACUUAACCAAUUUAACUCAACAGCAACUCUAUGAAUAUCUAAUACCUGCCGUAUGUGGUGGUUUUGGUUUAUUUGUCAUCGUUGGUGCUUGGAUAGUUGCUACACUAACCACCGAUUCGCUAACCAAUAAUGUGUUUAUCGAUUGGUUAGAUGAUUUACAAGUGGUUGAAGAAGAUGACAGUGAUGAUGACGAUGAAGAAAGAAAAGAAGAAAAGAGCAACUUACCGGCAAUCUUCAGUACUCACGGUAGCCAUGAAAUUGUUAAAUUCCAUCGUACUGUGGCAAAAAAUCGUAGCUUACUUUUCAGUUCAACUUAUUGGAGUAAUUAUCGAAUUUGGGUGUGGGAUACACCAAUUCAAUAUUGGACAGCUGCUAAAAAGCAAAUGUUGCAAUCGGUUAAUAUGUGUGAACAAUUAUUUAGCUGUAUCGGCUUUAUGUUGGCAACCGGUCUACUCCCAGUAGUAGUUUUAAUAUUAUGUCUACCUGUUUUUGUUGUUUUCUUAUUGAUGCCAAUACCCCUUGUUUAUUGCUUUUUAACUUCCAUAGCUGGGGUACAUAAAAUAUUAUCGCGUAAAAUCACUGGUUUGUGCAAUAUUUUAUUGAUCAUCAUCUUUUUCAUUUGCUCCCUGUAUUUUUAUAUCAUUUUAAUCGGUCUGCUUGCAGUGUCGGCCUAUCUCAUUCUUUAUACUUUUGCAUUUACUGUAGUAGGAAUAAUUGUUAACGCUGAUGUCAGUACACCCUAUCUUAUAUUUAUCGUGAUCAUUAUAUACUAUUUAUUCUCGGUGAUAUCUGAUCGCUAUGUUAGAAAGCAAAAAUUGAAAAAAUUAGCAUUUGAAAUAUGUGAAAAAUUAGAAUCUAACCGUGAGAGUCAGUUUUCGUUGGAUAAGCAACGUGAAAUCUUGGGCAAAGCUGUUGUCGAUGACCAACAACAAAAUAAACCGGAAACAAGAAGAAAGCAUCGAAAGUAUACUUUGCCACCAUUAAAAAUGAAAAACUCUCGUAUCGAUCCUAUCGAUAUACCCAAACAGCCACUUUAUGAUGACGAGGAAACAUCAUUAGAUCAAACAUUUACACCAUUGCAAAAAAUUAAGACAUUAUUUUUCGAAGACCAUCAUGGUGCAGCUUAUGUUCCCUUAGCUGUAUAUAAGGAAGUUUGUGCUCAGCAUCUAGGAUCAUCUAGGAGAACUUUUAUACGAUUUAUCCGCAUGCUGUGUAUUGUUAUUUUUACAUUUGCAGCCAUAAUGUCUUUUGGUCAAUUGCAACGAUUAACAUCCCUAGCCAAGCCUUUGGCAGCAUUCUUGAUCGGUUAUUUACCAUUAUUGGUUGCAUUAGGAGAUAGCAAUGCAGAGGCUGCACUAAAUGAUAAAAAACUAAAGAAAGAAGUCAUUUCCACUAUAUAUCGCUUUGCUACGGAUAUUAAAAAAAGUCAAUUGAUCGCUCCUGAAGAACUUGAGCAAGUAUCACAAUACCAUAAUGCUAGGGAGACUUUAGCUCAUGGAAUUAUUAUGGAUGUAUUUUAG